GGACGUUCGUUCGUCGCAUUGGUGGUGUAAUUUCUUGCCGUGAUUGUUUACGGAUUUAUUCCUCAUUAUGGAAGAAUUAGAGAAACUCGAGCAUUUAUCUCUAGUCUCAAAAAUAUGCACUGAACUAGAUAAUCAUUUGGGCCUGAAUGACAAGGAUUUGGCUGAAUUUAUAAUCGAUUUGGCGAACAAAAGUGGAACAUUCGAGGCAUUCAAAAAAGCUUUGAUUGAGAACGGGGCGGAGUUCCCAGAUUCCUUCAUUAGCAACCUCCUGCGAAUCAUCCAAUUGAUGAAACCAACCGGGAAAGGAAAAGUCUCAUCCUCAGUGAAAAUCCAAAAUGAAAGUCGCACUGAGUUGGCAAUGAAAUUCCCAGGCUUGGCAAUACCCAAUGAAAAGAAGUCAAAGGAGUGUGCGGAUGAUCUGAUGGCCGAGCUCGAAGCACUCGCUCCAAGUAAACUGAACGAUUCCACGAAGGAGGUGGAAGAAGAAAUCAUCAAACAAGUCCAAUUAGACAAAAAAGAGGUUGACGAUAAACGGAGAGUCGAAGCAAGCGGCUCCAAAAGCCAUCAUAUUCGAAAGAGGAGCUCCACACCCGACAGUGACCACGGUAGAGACUCACGCAGAAGACGGGAAGAUCGCAGAAGUAAAUCCCGCGAAAGACACAGGAGCAGAUCGCGCGAAAGGCACAGAAGCAAAUCCCGUGAACGACACAGAAGCAGAUCCCGCAAGCGAUACCGGAGUCGUUCGCGCGACAAACGGAGAAGUCGAUCAAGAGAUAAAGACACUGAACGUAGGAAAGAGACCGAUCGUCAUGGCGAUCGUAAAAGGAGUCGAUCACGAGGCAGAAGAAGCCGAUCGCCCAAAAGGAUCAGAAACCGAUCCCGAUCAGGUUCCCCGCGUGAUAAUCACAGAAAUCAUCGUCAGAAAUCUUCCCGUAGUGAUCGUCGGCAUCAAAGUCGGUCGCCUGACGCCAGAAACUCGGACCGAAAUCCGAAAGAAUCGCGCCGCCGCAGCCAGUCGCCAAUGGAAGACGAUCCCGAACCUGGAAAGAUCUAUACCGGAAAAGUAGCUAAUAUUGUGUCAUUCGGAUGUUUCGUGCAACUGUUUGGGCUAAGGAAACGAUGGGAAGGACUCGUUCACAUUUCGCAGCUGCGAUCCGAAGGGCGUGUGACCGACGUCUCGGAAGUGGUGUCUCGUGGGUCCUUGGUUAAGGUGAAAGUCAUGUCUAUUACAGGCCAAAAAGUGUCUCUUUCAAUGAAGGAAGUUGACCAAUCAACGGGACGCGAUUUGAAUCCCUUGUCACACCAGAAACAGGACAGUGACAUUCGCGACCGCAACCCUGACCGGCCAACUGGACGGACCUCAUUGAUCAACUUGCAAACUAAUGUCGAAAACGACGAGAGUGAAAGUAGGAAGCGGGUGACUAGGAUAUCUAGUCCGGAGCGAUGGGAAAUCAAGCAAAUGAUAUCAUCGGGGGUGAUUGACCGCAGUGAGCUUCCUGAUUUUGAUGAGGAGACUGGUUUGCUCCCGAAAGACGAAGACGAUGAGGCUGAUAUUGAGAUUGAAAUUGUGGAGGAAGAGCCGCCCUUCUUGCAGGGCCACGGAAGGGCCUUACACGAUCUAUCUCCUGUGAGAAUAGUGAAGAAUCCCGACGGCUCGCUAGCACAGGCGGCAAUGAUGCAAUCCGCGUUGGCCAAGGAACGACGUGAGCAGAAAAUGCUGCAGAGGGAGCAAGAAAUGGAUACAAUUCCGACGAGUUUAAAUAAAAAUUGGAUCGAUCCAUUGCCUGAUGAGGACAGUCGUGCUUUGGCUGCAAAUGUUCGCGGUAUAGGCGUAAGUGCACAAGAAGUUCCAGAAUGGAAGAAACACGUGAUUGGUGGAAAAAAAUCAUCCUUCGGCAAGAAAACGGAUCUGUCGCUUAUCGAACAGAGGCAGUCGCUUCCUAUCUAUAAACUUCGAGAUGAUCUGAUUAAGGCGGUGACAGACAAUCAAAUUCUCAUUGUUAUUGGUGAAACUGGCUCCGGCAAAACAACACAAAUUACUCAAUAUCUAGCCGAGAGUGGUUUUACGGCUCGAGGCAAAAUUGGAUGCACACAACCUCGUCGUGUUGCUGCCAUGUCAGUUGCAAAACGAGUUGCUGAAGAGUUCGGUUGUCGAUUGGGCCAAGAAGUAGGAUAUACGAUUCGUUUCGAGGAUUGUACAAGUCCCGAGACAGUGAUCAAAUACAUGACAGACGGUAUGUUGCUGAGAGAAUGCUUAAUGGAUUUGGACCUGAAAUCAUAUUCUGUUAUCAUGUUGGACGAGGCUCACGAGAGGACUAUUCACACGGAUGUACUUUUCGGACUACUUAAACAAGCUGUGCGCAAGCGGCCUGAACUUAAGCUCAUCGUUACUUCGGCCACGUUAGACGCAGUCAAGUUCUCGCAAUACUUCUUCGAAGCACCCAUUUUCACCAUACCUGGCCGGACAUUCCCAGUUGAGAUUCUUUACACGAAAGAACCCGAAACGGAUUAUUUGGAUGCAUCCCUGAUAACUGUUAUGCAAAUUCAUCUGCGAGAACCGCCAGGCGAUGUUCUGCUUUUCUUAACGGGUCAAGAAGAGAUCGAUACUGCUUGCGAAAUUUUGUACGAAAGGAUGAAGAGCCUGGGGCCCGAUGUACCUGAACUUAUCAUACUUCCAGUAUAUUCAGCGUUACCUUCAGAAAUGCAGACAAGAAUUUUCGAGCCAGCGCCAGCAGGUAGUCGGAAAGUCGUUAUAGCUACAAAUAUUGCGGAAACAUCGCUAACUAUAGACGGGAUAUUCUACGUUGUGGAUCCUGGGUUCGUGAAGCAGAAAGUCUACAAUUCGAAAACGGGCAUGGAUUCGCUUGUCGUAACGCCAAUUUCACAAGCUGCUGCUAAACAGAGAGCUGGCCGCGCUGGUCGAACCGGACCUGGUAAAGCAUAUCGUCUUUACACUGAGCGUGCGUAUCGGGAUGAGAUGCUGCCGACCCCAGUUCCGGAAAUUCAACGUACGAAUUUGGCUAUGACAGUGCUGCAGCUGAAAACUAUGGGAAUCAACGAUUUGCUGCAUUUCGAUUUCAUGGACGCGCCACCCGUCGAGUCACUGGUAAUGGCAUUGGAGCAGCUUCAUUCCCUUUCGGCAUUAGAUGAUGAGGGGCUGUUAACUCGCUUAGGCCGUCGAAUGGCAGAGUUUCCCCUCGAACCAAAUCUAUCAAAAAUGCUUAUAAUGUCGGUUGCUCUUCAAUGUUCUGACGAAGUACUGACUAUCGUUUCAAUGUUGAGCGUCCAGAACGUGUUCUAUCGUCCAAAGGACAAACAAUCGCUGGCUGAUCAGAAAAAAGCGAAAUUCAAUCAACCCGAAGGAGAUCACUUGACUCUAUUAGCUGUCUACAAUAGCUGGAAGAACAAUAAGUUUUCAAAUGCCUGGUGCUAUGAAAAUUUCGUACAAAUACGAACCCUGAAACGAGCACAAGAUGUCCGCAAGCAGCUGCUCGGUAUAAUGGAUCGGCACAAAUUGGAUGUAGUAUCGGCCGGCAAAAGCACGGUAAGAAUUCAGAAAGCCAUUUGCUCAGGAUUCUUCCGAAAUGCAUCGAAGAAAGAUCCGCAAGAAGGAUAUCGUACUUUAGUCGACUCUCAAGUGGUCUAUAUCCAUCCGUCGAGCGCUUUGUUCAAUCGUCAGCCGGAAUGGGUUGUGUACCACGAAUUAGUGCAAACGACAAAGGAAUACAUGCGAGAAGUGACGACUAUUGAUCCUAAAUGGUUGGUGGAGUUUGCGUCGUCGUUCUUUAGGUUCUCAGAUCCAACGAAGUUGAGCAAAUUUAAGAAGAAUCAACGACUGGAGCCACUUUAUAAUAAGUACGAGGAGCCAAAUGCUUGGCGUAUUUCGAGAGUUAGACGGCGUAGGAACUAGAUAUGUGUAAUGAAAUGAUUGUAAUAAUAAGUGAAUAUCUCUUGA